AUGGGUGGUCAGUACGAAAGGAUCGAGCACCGAAAUGCCCAGACACGGGAACUGCUCGAGGGAGGUAUUGUCCAACUAGACUACAGUGAUAAGGGCCUCGUGUCUGCCCGUUCGCUGCCUAUCAAGGAGGCCUAUGAGUUUACCGGCAUCCCUAUAACGGGUCCCGAAGAAGCCCUAGUGCUGAGCAUCGAUAGUCGAUAUCAAUCUAAGACUAUGCUCUAA